UUUCUUGUUUCGUCAUCCAUCCUCGUGGCGGCAUCACCGGUUUUCGCCAAGAUGCUCGGGCCAAACUUCAAGGAAGGCCGACAGCUACGAGAAGCCCGGGCCGCCCAGGGUGCAAUCGCCGGGGGCGAAACCUCCUUGCCUCCGACAAUCUAUUUGGAGGAAGACGACGUCUUGGCCAUGGAGUUCAUCCUCAGCAGCAUCCACUUCAAGGCCGACCGGUUUGAGGCAAGUCUGACCGCCGAGAUGAUCGCGAGGAUCGCGGUCCAGUCAGACAAAUAUAACUUCCACGCCGCCCUGAUGCCGUGGAUUCGAUCGUGGUGCGAUGUCGACCGCUUUCCUCUCGAUUAUUUUAACAAACUGCGCGACAUGGGCUAUGGCAUCCUCGCCGCGUACCGCUUCCGGUCCCCGAACCUGCCGGCAGUGUCUGCCGCUUUCGCGAAGGACGUGCCGCCCAAUUUCGCCGAGACAUGGAAGCAGUACGAGCUCAUGGCCCACCUCCCCGAGGAAGUCUGGAGUAAGUGA